UUGGAAAUUGUUCUGUCAGCCCGGAUCAAUAGGCUGCAUGGAUGAUUAUAUAAAAGUUUGCUUAUUCAUCCCAGAAACUGUUCCUAUGCCGGGAUUUGGAUUUUAUUCAGUUUCAUUCAAUUCAGUUUUAUUUACAGAGCGCCAAAUCACAACAACAGAUGCCUCAAGGCACUUUUUCUUAUAAGGUGAAAACUCAGUAACAACAACAAUAACAUUCCUUACCACAACACUUCCUUUCAUUUAAGGACAUUUUUUAUUCUGAUAAACAAGACAUCUGCUCUUUUGCUGCUGCAGCUCAUCUGCAUCAAGGUUGGAUAUGCUGUGCAUUCAAAGACAAUCUUCUGCAGACCUUGGUUGUAACAAGUGGUUAUUUGAGUAACUGCUGCCUUCCUAUCAGCGCAAAGGAGUCUGGUCUGGACCUCCGGCAUCAACAAAAGAACUGCCGCUCACUAGUUAUUCACUUCAACGACCUUUCUUCCCCAUGCUGGUGCUCAGUUUAGACUUCAACAGGUCAUUGAGAUCAUGCUUGCAGGCCUAGAUGCACUAAGUUGCAUCCAUUUGAUUGGCUGAUAGACAUUUGAGUUACAAGCAGUCCAACAGGUGUACCUAAUUAAUUGGCAAGUGAAUGUAUUUCAGCCACACUGAGCUCUUAUUACUCCCUAGUACUUUAAACUGUAAACUGAUGUUACUUUAAUAUUUUGGUAAUAUUUGAAUUCAAUCGCUAUCAUUUGCUUGUGUGCAGAAAAAUCCUCAGUGAGAUUAUAUGGUCAAAUUAGCCGUGUUUUCUUACAUUGUGCUGAAAAAGCACAAAGAUUGUCAGGUCCACAGGAGAUAUAAAGUUCUGGAAAAGUGCUGAAUUUUAAAAGGGCGCCUGUAUGGGAACUCUGCAAUUAGACAGCCCCAACCAAUUAAAACCUCUACCUGGAUCAAGCUGCUGUAAGCUUUAAUCUACCAGAGGACUCUAUUUAGCAGCAGUCUGACAUAUGAAGACCGUGAGAAGUCAUACGUAAUUGUCCGUAUUGUUCUCGGUUAUCUAUCCACUGGGUGGGAGCUGGGUUGGGUAACUGAGGCGUCCGCCCUCCUCCCCUCACUGCUUGCAGAGAUAAGAGAUGAAAAAACCACAAAACACCACCAGUCACCCUCAGCUUAAGGGAGUCACACUUGCUUACAAUGGCUGAGUCAAAGUAUGAUGAGAAGCUGCCAGAUGACAAGAAUAGUAGCUUUAAGAAGAGCAAAAAGAAGAAAAAGGGGGACGAUGCCUGGAGACCACAGGGGCCAAGAGACCCAUUCGCCAUGCUGGAUGCUUUGCCAGAGAACAAGCAGCAGGAGAUCCAGAGAGCCCUUCACCUCUUCUCCUUGGAGCCAGGUCUGCCAAAGACCCUGCAGCAGGCCAAAAAACACACCUACUGCUUUUGGGACACGCAACCUGUCCCUAAACUGGGUGACAGCAUUACAACUCAUGGCCCAAUAGUAGAGGGUGAGGCAAGUAUCCGGAAGGAGCCCUACUCACUACCUCAGGGCUUCUCCUGGGACACUCUGGACCUGAGCAGCCCUCCAGUGUUGAGAGAACUAUGCAGUCUACUAAAUGAGAACUACAUGGAAGAAGAUGAUAACACGACCAGAUUUGACUUCUCUCUGGAAUAUCUGCAGUGGGCUCUACAGCCUCCUAACUGGGUGGCUCACUGGCACUGCGGUGUGAGAGUAGACGCCAAUAGGAAGUUAGUCGGCUUCAUCGCUGCUGUUCCUGCAGAUGUUCACAUUUAUGAGAUGGAGAGGCGGGUGGUACAGGUCAAAUUCCUGUGUGUUCAUAAGAAGCUCCGCCUCAAGCGAAUGACUCCAGUGCUGAUCCGAGAGCUCGCCAGACGGGUCAACCAGCAGGGGCUCUGCCAGGCUGUCUACACCACUGGCAUAGUACUGCCCACACCAAUAAGCUCCUGCAGACUUUGGCAUCGCCCACUUAAUCCUCGUAAGCUGAUGGAGGUCAACCACCCAGCACUGAGACAGAGCAUGAACCUGCAGAGAGCUCUGAAGUUCAACCGCUUACCUGAGGUGACAAAAGUGCAAGGUCUGCGCCCUAUGACCAGAGAAGAUAUCCCGGGGAUACAUUCACUACUCCAGACAAACUUCUGCAAGUUUCACCUCAGCCCCAUCUUAUCCCUGCAAGAUGUAGAGCAUCUGUUGCUGCCGAGGGAGAAUGUGAUCGACACCUAUGUGGUCGAGGGUGAUAAUGGUGCCCUGACAGAUAUAGUGAGUUUCUAUAGCUUCUCCUCGAGAGUGCUGAAUCACCCGGUCCACACAAGCCUCAGAGGAGCUCGCCUCCUUUAUGUUGUCUCUACUAGAACGAAGCUGGUCGACCUGAUGGAGGACACCCUGGUCCUGGCAAAGUCUAAAGGUUGUGACGUCUUCUCUGCCAUCGAUGUGAUGGACAACAAGAGUUUCCUGGAGAAGCUCAAGUUCAGUGUCAUUGACCAGAGUGUUCAUUACUAUUUGUACAACUGGAUGUGUCCUAAUAUGAGCCCAGACAAGGUUGGCCUUGUGUUCCCAAACUGACCUGCUACUGGACGAGGGCAGAGUGGCAGAGCGGUGAAGCGAGUGAAAGGACUUUCAGGAGACUGGACGUCAAACUGCAUCAGUAUCAGCAAAGGGGAAUUUGGGGUUUCGGGGGGGAAAACUGAAAAACACAUGUUUUCAAAAAAUCAAGAAGAGGAAUAAAGGCUGAAUUAAAUUUCCAGAUGCAUUUCUGAUUUUUAUGGCAGUUAUUCAUUGGGUCCAGUUUUUUUAGUAACAGGGACAAAUUGUUUUUGACGUAAAGGAGAAUUUGUGCUGUUCAG